CAUUGAUUCGUCAGUUUUGCGAUCAUUCAGCAUCAUGCCUGAACCAGCCAAGUCCGCGCCUAAGAAGGGCUCCAAGAAGGCCGUCACGAAGACCGCCGGUAAGGGAGGAAAGAAGCGUAGAAAGUCCAGGAAGGAGAGCUACGCCAUCUACGUGUACAAAGUGCUGAAGCAGGUUCAUCCUGACACCGGCAUCUCCUCCAAGGCGAUGGGCAUCAUGAACUCUUUCGUCAACGACAUCUUCGAGCGCAUCGCCGGUGAGGCGUCUCGUCUCGCUCACUACAACAAGCGCUCCACCAUCACGUCGAGAGAGAUCCAGACCGCCGUGCGUCUGCUGCUGCCCGGUGAGCUGGCCAAACACGCCGUGUCUGAGGGCACCAAGGCCGUCACCAAGUACACCAGCUCCAAGUAGAGUCCCCGAGACUCUCACAGACCCAAAGGCUCUUUUAAGAGCCACC